AUGUUUCGACUCACGCAAUUAUUCGUCGCCGCAUUGGCAGCAGUUGGUAUGUCGAAAUCUCCAGUAUCCCCACCAGACGAAAGAUCCAAUGCCACGACAUAGAACGGCGACAGCUUCUAACAUAGAAUGCAGGCACAUCGGCCUCUGCAGUCAUUGACCUCAAGCCCGACAACUUCGACGAUGUCGUCCUCAAAUCUGGCAAACCGACACUUGUCGAAUUCUUUGCGCCAUGGUGCGGCCACUGCAAGACCCUCGCUCCUAUCUACGAGGAGCUCGCCUCUUCAUUCGAAUUCGCCAAGGACAAGGUGACAAUCGCCAAAGUUGACGCCGAUGCAGAGAAAGAGCUGGGCAAACGAUUCGGUAUCUCUGGUUUCCCUACUUUGAAGUUCUUCGACGGCAAGAAGGUUGAUCCAGAGGACUACAAGAGUGGGCGUGAUAUUGAGAGCUUGAGCGCUUUCAUCACCGAGAAGACGGGCGUGAGGGCAAAGGCGGCUAAGAAGCCGGAGAGCGCAGUCAAGAUGUUGACGGACGAGAACUGGGGAGAGGAAAUUGGCAAGGAUAAGGACGUCAUUGUGGCUUUCACUGCGCCGUGGUGUGGACGUGAGUAUAAUCAAAGCACGCCAUUGUCAAGCUCUGAACACUGACAUGGUGGAAACGCAGAUUGCAAGAGCCUCGCUCCUGUUUGGGAACAAGUUGCUCAGGACUUUGCCGCGGAGACCGGCGUGACCAUCGCCAAGGUGGACUGCGAAGCGCCCAACGCCAAGGCCACCGCUGAGAAAGAGGGCGUCAAGUCCUAUCCAACCAUCAAGUAUUUCCCCAAGAAGUCCAAGACUGGCGUUCCAUACGAGAGCGGCCGUGCCGAGAAGGAUAUCGUCGAGUUCAUGAACGAGAAGGCGGGCACCUUCCGCGCUCCAGGUGGUUCUCUUAACGCACUCGCUGGCGUUAUUCCAUCCCUGGACUCCGCCAUCGCGAACCUGCAGAGCGGAGGAGACAAGGCAUACCAAGAGCUGUUCAAGCAAGCCGGCAAGGCCAAGGACAAAUACGCCGAAUACUAUACCAAGGUCGGCAAGAAGUUGCAAGAGAACGCUGGAUACGUCAACAAGGAACUCACCCGGCUGCAAAACAUGAUUGCGAAGGGUAAUCUUGCGCCGGAGAAGAAGGAUGACCUGAUCAGCAGGAGCAACAUCUUGAAAGUGUUCAAGGGCGAGGAGACUGAGAAGAGCGAGCUCUAG